UGCGGCCGAAAAAAAUGACAUAUCAAGGCAUAUGAUAGCGGUGAACAGAAGAAAAGCCCAUCGGAUCAGUCCCAAGUCACACCACAGUUGUUUCAGUCUUUCAGUUCAGACACAAAACAAAUUUUUGACAUGAUGCAUCAUCAAAGCAAUUGGAACAAAGUAAAACCUUGAGUUCAGUUAGUAUAUUACUCCUAUAUGUUUUAGAUUGAAAUCCAACCAAAAACCUUUUUUCCCUUUUAAUUUUUGCCCCCAUUGAAAUGGAACCCUGUGAAGGCAAUUAUUUGAUGGAAUCAACCAAAGAACCCAAAUCCCAAAUGACAAAAUUUUACAAGAAUAUUGAAGAAAGGGGGGAAAAAAGCUGAGCCCUUUUUGUCAAAUGACAGAGGGCAUAUAAACUUUAGUACUAGUAGGUGGAUGAUUCAGAUUUUCAGAUUCAGAGCACAAACCCUAAAAAUGCCAUGCUCAUCAGUCAGAAGAGAGAGCAAAGGCCAAAGAGGGGCAUGCCUUGCUGGACCAAAGGGACAGACAGAGAGCCAAUUGAGGAUAUAGAGGAUGGCAGAAGAUUUUGUUACUGUGAUUUGACUAAAGCAUUAUUAUAAAACCAGAAGAGGGGAAAAGAAAAGAAGAAUUAAAACAGUGAAAGAUAAUCAGUCAAAUUUCAAUAUACACUGCUCAGUAGUAAAUGCAUUCUUUCCUCCAUUGAUAUUUCAAUUUUUUUUUUCUUUUUCUCUUCUGCAUCAUAAAUUCAAACAAACAGAAGAGAACAGAACAAGAACAGAUCCUCUCACUUAAUAUGGUCUACAGUAGGGUAUAGAAUAUGGUGUACAUAAAACAGUAAAAGAAAAUGACAAGAUAAAAGAAAAUCCAGAGUAGUAGCAGCACCACAGCAGCUGCUGAAGCAUAAAACACUCCUGCCAUUUUCGAUUUGCGAGCUCAAAAUCAAAGGACCCCCUCUCUUCUUCUCCUCCAGUCUUCCCACACAACAAAAAUAAAAACUUUUUUCUUUUUCUUUUCCUCCCCUUCUUCUCUUUCUGUCUUUUUCUUUCUCUUUCCCUACCCACCAACUCUUCUUUAGCCCCCCUUCAAAUUUAGACCUUUCACUUUCUUCCCCUUAAGAAAUAAGGAAAUUUUAAGCUUCUCUUUCACUAAAGACUGGAGCUUUAUUAGUUUUUCUUCAUUUUUCCUGAGGUUUCUUGAUGAUUCUCUUACUGGGUUCUUCUUCUCUCAAUUCUGGAUUGUGGGUUUCUUCUCUAAUGCCCGAAUAUUGAGUCUUUUCUUUUUUUAUUUGGUUUCCUUCUUUCUCUUUUUUCCUUUAGAGGAAAAAAAGCGGAAUAGAGGAAGAAGAGGUGGGAGUGACGCAGUUCUUGCAUUGUUUUUUCCUUUUUGUUUUUAUUUUGCGGUGCUUCUAGAAGGAAAGACAUGACAUUUGCUCUUCAGUUACUGUGAUAUCCAGCUGUCAAUCCCGGCAUAAAGCUCCUCCAUUUGUCCACUUUGCACCAUCUGGUGUUUCAUCCCUUUUUAACAUUUUUUGAGGUUUGGGUUAAAAAAAAAAUAAAAUUCGAGUUCUGUUUCCUGGGUUGAAGUGAAAUUCGCUGGAUUUGUGUUGAUUGAGCUCAAGCCUGUAAAUGCUCCAACAUUUGUGUACCUUGGUGGGGUCUUAAGUUCUAAUUAAUUUCCUUAAGGGGUUCAGAAGGCCUUAAUUUUUUGUUGUUGAUAAGUUUUUUGGACUAAUACAGCUGGAAUUUGUUGUUGGGCUAUUCACUUUCGGCGAACGUUGUCCUGAACUUGGAGCCUUCUUACGAAAGAUUAGAGUUCCUGUAAGAAGAGGUUACAGCCAAACUGAACUACAUAGAGAGAUGUGUCGGAGCAGGUUUAAUGUGAAAAGGAAGAUAGAAGAAUGGGAUUAGUUUUUGUCAGCAUGCUUGUGUCUGCAAAAUCAGCCCAUUAGCUUUAGUUGAGCUUUUUUUUUUUUGGCUCUACCUUAGUUGUGAGGGUUGAAUUGUGUGAAGUUUUUUUAGUGUUAUUUGGAGUCCAUAAGGAAUCAAGAUCAGCCGUUUCGAUUUUGGUAGCUGAUAUCAUCUCACUAUAGAACAAUUUUGAGUAAAAAACAAAGGCACAAAAGGGCUAUUGCUUCAGAAACUGUUACUCCUAUCUCUGUUUGAGUCCACAUUUAGAGCUGCAGAGUUCUGUUGUGUUUUCACAAAACUCUUGUGCAUUUGGUUGAGUUUGUGAAGUUGAAGAAUGGCGAUGGUGGCACAGCAUCAUAGGGAGAGUAGCAGUGGGAGCAUUAGCAAGCAUAGUAGUAGUAUGGAUGCUGGAAAAUAUGUCCGAUACACAGCUGAGCAAGUUGAAGCUUUGGAGAGGGUUUAUGCUGAGUGUCCUAAGCCCAGCUCGUUGCGUAGGCAGCAAUUGAUUCGGGAAUGUCCAAUUCUAUCCAAUAUUGAACCUAAACAGAUCAAAGUAUGGUUCCAGAAUCGAAGGUGUCGAGAGAAGCAGCGAAAAGAGUCUUCACGGCUCCAGACAGUAAAUCGAAAGUUGACUGCCAUGAACAAACUGUUGAUGGAAGAAAAUGAUCGCUUGCAGAAGCAGGUCUCACAGCUGGUGUGUGAGAAUGGUUAUAUGCGGCAACAGCUACAAACUACAUCUGGUGCAACUGCUACUGAUGCAAGUUGUGAAUCAGUGGUAACCACCCCACAGCAUUCUCUGCGAGAUGCUAACAACCCUGCAGGACUCCUAUCGAUUGCAGAGGAGACCUUGGCAGAGUUCCUUUCAAAGGCUACAGGAACUGCUGUCGAUUGGGUCCAGAUGCCUGGGAUGAAGCCUGGUCCGGAUUCGGUUGGGAUCUUUGCCAUUUCCCAUAGUUGCAGUGGAGUGGCAGCUCGAGCCUGUGGUCUUGUUAGUUUAGAACCAACAAAGAUCGCAGAGAUCCUUAAAGACCGUCCAUCUUGGUUCCGGGAUUGUCGGAGCCUUGAAGUUUUCACAAUGUUUCCUGCUGGAAAUGGAGGGACAAUUGAGCUUGUGUACACUCAGACGUAUGCUCCCACUACAUUAGCUCCUGCAAGGGAUUUUUGGACUCUGAGAUACACGACCACCUUGGAGAAUGGUAGUCUUGUGGUGUGUGAGCGUUCUCUCUCUGGUACUGGCGCUGGUCCAAAUGCAGCCGCUGCCUCUCAAUUUACAAGGGCUGAUGUGCUUCCAUCUGGUUAUCUGAUAAGGCCAUGUGAUGGUGGUGGAUCAAUCAUACACAUUGUUGAUCAUUUGAAUCUUGAGGCAUGGAGUGUUCCAGAGGUGCUGAGACCACUUUAUGAAUCAUCAAAAGUUGUAGCACAGAAAAUGACUAUUGCAGCAUUACGAUACAUCAGACAAAUAGCUCAAGAGACAAGUGGAGAGGUGGUGUAUGGUUUAGGCAGGCAACCAGCAGUACUGAGAACAUUUAGCCAGAGGCUAAGCAGAGGGUUUAAUGAUGCAAUCAAUGGGUUCAACGAUGAUGGUUGGUCAUUAUUAAGCUGUGAUGGGGCAGAAGAUGUAAUCAUUGCAGUCAACUCUACCAAGAGCCUGAACAGCUCCACCCCCUCUCUUUCCCUGCUGGGAGGUGUUCUCUGUGCAAAGGCCUCCAUGCUUCUCCAGAAUGUCCCUCCUGCUGUGCUUGUUCGGUUCUUGAGGGAGCACCGUUCAGAGUGGGCAGACUUUAACGUUGAUGCAUAUUCUGCCGCUUCAUUGAAAGCUGGAUCCUAUGCAUAUCCAGGGAUGCGGGCUACAAGGUUUACUGGAAGCCAAAUUAUUAUGCCUUUGGGUCACACAAUUGAACACGAGGAGAUGCUAGAAGUCAUCCGACUUGAAGGGCACUCACUGGGUCAAGAAGAUGCUUUUAUGUCAAGAGACAUUCAUCUUCUACAGAUGUGCAGCGGAGUUGAUGAGAAUGCCAUUGGUUCCUGCUCUGAACUUGUUUUUGCCCCAAUUGAUGAAAUGUUUCCAGAUGAUGCCCCAUUGGUACCCUCGGGUUUUCGUAUCAUUCCUUUGGAAUCAAAAUCAGGGGAUGCACCAGAGUCAUUGAAUGCUCAUAGGACUUUGGACCUGACCUCAAGUCUUGAAGUUGGCCCCGCUCCAAGCACUACUUCAGCUGAUACAUCAUCUUGUCCCCGUUCAGUGUUAACUAUUGCGUUCCAGUUCCCCUUUGAGAAUAAUCUGCAGGAGAAUGUAGCGACAAUGGCACGGCAAUAUCUCCGUAGUGUCAUUUCAUCUGUGCAGCGGGUUGCUAUGGCCAUUUCUCCCUCAGGAGUUGGCCCCACUCUUGGACCAAAGCUUUCUCCAGGCUCUCCUGAAGCUCUUACACUAGCUCACUGGAUCUGUCAGAGUUAUAGUUAUCAUAUGGGGCAAGAAUUGCUGAGGGGUGAUUCUUUGAGUGGUGAUUCAUUAUUGAAGAAUCUCUGGCAUCAUCAAGAUGCCAUAUUAUGCUGCUCACUGAAGUCUCUGCCAGUUUUCAUAUUCGCGAACCAGGCUGGACUCGACAUGUUAGAGACAACUCUGGUGGCUUUACAGGAUGUUACAUUAGAUAAGAUUUUUGACGAAGCUGGUCGAAAGGCGCUAUUCGCGGAGUUUGCAAAGAUCAUGCAACAGGUAUGCUGAAUUCACCUUGAAAGACUGAAGCUGAUAGAUUCUCACCACGUGGUUGGGUCCUUUGGGAAUAACCUCUAUUUCUUAUCAUAUGAUGCAUCCGAAUAUUGACAGACAUUUAUGCUUAGUUAUAUACUGAAUUUGAGACUACAUAGGCUGCUUGGAUAUUCAGGGUUAAUUCUGAAGCCUACCUGAGUUCAUCUCAGUUGACAAACUCCUUUUUAUGCUCCCUUAAACUUGUUAUUCUCUAACGAAUUACAGCAUCCUCUGUUCUCGUUAUUGCUCAUGCUUCUGUUGUAUCUCUGGUAUUCAAGUUGCUCCACUGAUUAACUUAAAAAUUGCAUGCGAUACUUGUGGUGCUGCGGAAUUUAUGUAUGACAAUGUAAAGCUUAUUAUACUGUUUGACGUGGCAAACAUUAUUCCUUUACUCAGGGAUUUGCAUGCUUGCCUGGU